AUGUUCAUCCCUUUCCCUAUCGUGUGUUUCCAAUGCGGAACCGACCAGAAUCCAUGUCGUUGCAAGGUCGUCGGUCCAACUCUAGGCUUCGCAGUGGGCAUUGUUUCAGCGGUCAUAUGCUACCCUGCAGCUAUAUUCUGUGGAUGCUGGGCAACUGACGCGGGAAAGCGCAUGCUUGCGAGGCCUGUCGAGUGGAAUCAGGAGGUCAGCCAGAUCAUUCCGUUCUAG